AAGUCAGUAACUAGUCGUAAGCGGAGGCGAGAACAUACAUUUUUAUGAGAGAAAAAAAAGCGCGAGCCGAUCGAUUGUUCAAUUCAAAUAAAUUCAAAAAAUCGUUAUUAUUGGCGCGUUUUGUUGAACAUAAAUGAUAAGAAGAUAGGAAAAAUUGGAAAAAUCCGGAAAAAUUGAAAUUAAAUUCCGUUUCAAUUGGCACAACUAAAUUUGCAAAAAAAUAAUUAAAUUUUAGCAAUUGAAAUGAAAAGGAAAAUUUACACAAAUUGGUUAAUAUUUUGUGUGUCGGUGUGUGUGGCCGUUGCAUCCGAAACUAAUGAAAAUCCAAUAAAUAUUCAAAAUGUAAAAAGAGAAUUAGAAUCAAAUGAAUCUAGAACUACGAAUGAAGUGGUGCCAGUUCUGAGUGCAGCUGCAAUGAAUGUUCUAGAUAAUGGUAUUAGAGCCGUUGGAAGUGCUGUGUGCUCAAUAGAUCUGAAAUUAUUGAUGAAUGGAUUGACGACCCGUAUGCCAUGGGCUAUUUCAAUGUAUGAUUCGUCGGUUAAAGCACCGUCUGGCAUAGAACUCGGAUCGAUCUAUCAAUUUGGCAGCUUUGACGAAUGCAUGGGUAUAACGACAAAUGAAGAAAAUCUCAAUAUCAAACCGAAAUAUUGCUUAGCCGAUGUGACAUUAGACGGUUAUAGCGUACGCUCGGACGCAAGGCGAGAUUUCAAGAUUUUGAAUAGCACUACCGUCCGUUGGGGCAUUUGUAUGCCGGCAUCAUGCUCAUCAAACGAUAUAGCCGAGUUCCUUAUUACAUCGACGGGUCAUUCAUCGGUCAGUGUGAACGAUGCUAUGUGCCACACUGACACACGAGCGCAUUUAUCCACAGGGGAAAUAAUUUACGGUUGUGUUAUCACCGCAUUCGUAUCGACGAUAUUGUUAUGCACAAUUUACCAUCUGUACAUUCACUGUCAAGCGUCUAAAAUGAAAAAUCGCCCGAAAACAGGUGUCGAGAUGUUGGUGCUAUCUUUUUCAUUAAUCGAAAAUCUGCAGAAAUUGGUGAAAGGCAGCAAGGAUGACCUUGGUCUGAGUGCAAUAAAUGGAAUCAAGGCCAUCAGUAUGAUACUAAUAAUUGCUGGUCACGCAUUGGUAUUUAUGAUUGGCGGACCAGUUUUGAAUUCCGAUUUUUAUGCCAAAGAAAUCAAAUUGGUGCAAAAUGCAUUUUUAGUGAAUUCACCACUGCUGGUGGAUUCAUUUUUGUUGCUGAGUGGGUUCCUAUUUGCCCGAUUGCUGCUGCUAGAAUUGGACAAGCGCGGUGGAAAGGUUAACUUUCUUCUACUGUACAUAUUUCGGUAUAUUAGACUGACACCAGCUUACCUGGCUGUAAUUGCUCUUUACGCAACUUGGUUACCAAAACUGGGUUCCGGUCCACUAUGGGACAGUCGUAUGUUAUUGGAACAGGAGAGAUGCCAGUCGUCGUGGUGGCUUAACUUACUGUACAUUAACAACUACUUUGGAACCGACAACAUUUGCAUGUUCCAAUCGUGGUACCUGGCAGCGGAUACACAACUUUUCAUUCUGGCACCGUUGGUGCUUUAUCCGAUGUGGAAAUAUCGUAAAUUUGGAUACAGUCUCCUAACGACCCUGACUUUCGUAUCGAUUUUGAUUCCUCUAGUUGUUACAUACACAAACGACUAUGAUCCGUCGUUGUUGCCAUAUGCUGACGAGGUAGCUGACAUAUCCCUGAACCAUUUCUUCGUCAAUGUUUACAUCAAAACGCACAUGCGAGCAACGGCUUACAUUUUCGGCUUAGUUACCGGUGCUCUCGUACAUCAUAUUCAGCACAACAAAAUUUUACUUCCCCGAUUCAUCGUAUACAUCGGCUGGCUAACAGCAAUAACCGUUGGCGUAGCGUCCAUGUUCUCCGUUGUAAUAUUCUUCGAUCGUACACCGUACACCCGACUGGGAAAAUCAAUGUACGCCGCACUUCAUCGGCUCGGUUGGAGUCUCUCAACCAGUUGGAUCAUAUUGGCAUGCGUUUUAGAUGCUGCUGGUCCGUUGAAAACGAUUUUAACGUCCAGGGUGCUCAUACCACUCAGUCGAUUGACAUACUGUGCAUAUUUGAUGAAUGGUUUGGUGGAACUGUAUCAAGCCGGUACGAUCCGGACACCGAAGUAUAUGAGCACAUUCGUUCUCUUGGGUGACACGCUAUCGCACGUCAUGAUAACGUUUAUUGGAGCGUUGAUUCUGUGCCUGUUUUUUGAGUCGCCUAUUCAUGGUAUCGAAAAGAUACUGUUGAGGAGAGAGCAAAAGCAACGAAAAACUGACCUUAGCAAUAGUUCAAGUUCCAGUACGUUUGAAUCUGCUUAAAACUUUAGAGUUACUUGUAAUGUGCUAGCCCUAAUACUGUGUAGAAUUUUAAGCUCGUGUUUUUUUGUACAUAAUUUACUUUUUUUUACUAUUUUGUUUUUGUGAUGUGUAGCGUGUGUGGUUCACACCUGUGAACAUAAAGCGUCAACUGUGAGUAGUAGACUACUUUAAAUAAAGAAUUAUUUAAGAACAAAAA